AUGAACGGCACACCUCGUCUUCGCUCCGGCGCCUUUCCCUCGACGCCGCAGUCGACACGGCGCAACAACCUCACGCCUCAGAAGCUCCCCGACAUCACCCAGCUACGGCCGGCUGCUACGCGACAACCGCCAGACAAUGAUGGCCCAUUGAUCCCCGUCGACACUUUGGAUGCGCCGACGCAGCGUCUCUAUGUCGUCGGCUUCUACCUGGCCCUGGUGGGCUGGAAGAUGUACGACCACUUUUACCUGAAAGAGGAGGAAACAGAAUCGCUAUGGCUGUUUAUGAAAUGGGUCGCCUUCGAUGGCAUUUUCCUGUUCGGUCUGCCCGAGUUGCGCAUUCCCUGGCUCGAGUGGUCUUCGGCGACCAUGCUGCUUCUUUUCCUGGGUCACGCUGCACUGGACGCCGUCCUCAUGUUCCGCAUCCAGCUGCCUGUUGGCGCUGGUCUGGCCGCUGUUGGUAAAAUCUUCUACGAUCGCGAGCUGGGCGUGUCAGGCCACCAUGUCAAACAGUCCAGCAUUCUCCACAACUCGUCCUUGAUUCUGGGAAAGCAAAUCAUCCACAUUCUGCCCGAGGGCUCUGCUAUCCUGAACCCUGCCAAAACUUCCUUCUGCCUCGACUCGUCGAACCCCCAUAUCUACCUUCCCAUCCAGAUCAACCAGACCACUCCUGUCAGCAUUGACUUGUUGCGCUACGAGUUUGACGGUGCAACGAACGAAACCAUCCACAUUUCGGGCAAAGAAAUAAAGAAGUUGAUGAAAGAGGCGGCCAGACAAGCCUCACACCCUCCUUCGAACCAGCCUCUGCUGUUGCGCUACCCGACCAAGAAGACUGGCAGAUAUAUCCUAGGCAAAGUCAUGGACGAGUCCAAGCUGGAAGUUCAAAGAAAGCGCGUCGGCGACACCAUUGUUGUGACCUGUCCCCAGGCCAUCAUCAAGUCCACGACCCCUGACGCUUGCAAGGGCGAUCUUUCAGGCAUAGAUCUCGAGGUCACCGGAACUCCCCCUUUGCGCAUCAAGUACAGAAAAAUCACCAACCAGAGAGAGCAGGAGGCCCAUUUCCAGAGCAUCCAACCCGACGACUUUGUUUCUCCUCUUAUACAGCAAUCUUCCGAUGCCCUGGCUAUCAGGAAUACCAAGGACAUCUCUUGGGCACGUGCGCAGACUGUCACUGUGCCUCUCAGAGAGCAUAUGGGAGAAAGCGGGAAAUGGGUUUACUCCAUGGACGAGGUUGAGGAUGCUUUUGGCAACAUCGUCUCUUACACUGAACGCCAGCAUGACGACCAAGACAGACCUUCCACAAAGGCCGCACAUCUUCACCAGGUCGUGACUGUUCAUGAACGCCCAAUCGUUGUCAUGACAGGCUGCGAUUCUCAACAUCCUCUCAAGGUCGCCAAAGCUCAACCCACUCCGCUGCCUGUCCAGUAUGGUUCUACUGGAGGCAAGGGCAACGGACGUUUCCUCGAAACUCCUUACAACCUUGAAUACAAGUUUACCCCUGAAAGUCAACUUCUGUCUAACGGCGACCACAGCGAAUUCGCUCAAAUCAAGUCCAUCUCGAUCAAGAAUCAAUCGCAGCGACCCACGGUUCAGGAUGCUGGCUUAUACACGCUACACAGUGUGUCCACCGGAAUCUGCGCAGGUGAAGUUUUGGAGCCCGCAUCUUGUCUGCUGCAGAAUCCUGCAGAGCCCAGUCUUCGCAUCGAGAAAGAAGAAAUCUUCGAUAAAUGCGCCAACAAGCCUAUUGGCCUACGUGUAGACUUCCACCUCACGGGAACGCCUCCGUUCAACAUCCAGUAUCAAAUCACCAAGAAGGAUAGUCCCCAUCAUGUGACACAUACCGAGAAAGUCAACGGCUUGCGUGGACAGAUUGAAUUGACUCCUCCUACUGCCGGUCACUACACCUACCGAUUCUCUGAAAUCAGCGAUAACGUCUACAAGGGACAUGAGCUCAAGGGAGAGGACAUGGUCAUUGAACAGGACGUCAAACCUUCAGCUUCCGCGAACUUCAAGGAGUCGUCACCUUAUCGUAAGGUCUGCAUUGAUCAGGCAGUCUCUUUCGAUGUCGACCUUCGUGGACAAGGGCCAUUCACUGUCGAGUACGAACUCGUUCGUGGUAGUAGCAGAAAACGCCUUUCUCAAAAAGACAUUGAAGGCCAUCAGUUCACCAUCAAAACAGACCCUUUGACUAAAGGUGGAGACUACACGCUUGCCCUGGCUAGUGUGACUGACAGAAUGGGCUGCAAAGAGUUCUUGAAGCAGGAGGCCAAAAUCAAUGUUCGUCACCAGAGGCCGAAGGUCUCAUUCGGACAGAUCGAAGGCUCGCGCGCUAUCAAGACCCUGCAAGGCAAGACUAUGAGAUUGCCUCUCAAGCUUACAGGAGAAGCGCCAUGGACGGUUCGUUACCGCAACCUUCGCGAUCCAGAGCACUCGCACAAGAUCAAGGUGGAUAGCCCUAACGGUCUAUUUGGUACUUCCGAAGAAGGCACGUACGAGCUUCUCGAAGUCAAUGAUGCUAUCUGUCCUGGUGCUGUCGACGAAAACGCCAAGAAGUUCAGCAUUGAUUGGAUCGAGCGCCCACAACUGAGAAUACCUGAGACUUCGUACGAUAGAGUUGAAGGUGGCAAGUACAUCAAGAAUGAUGUUUGUGAGGGCGAAGACGACUUGAUCAACGUGCACUUCUCCGGAGCUCCGCCGUUCCAAUACAAGUAUGAUGAGAAUAUCGUGAACGAACGUGGCGCAAGGUCAAAGCGCAGCAAGGCCGUUACUGCUGCACUUGGAGUCUCAUCCAUCAACCUAGACACCUCGCAAGCGGGUGUUAUUGAUUACGUCUUCACCGAGCUUGCCGAUGACAACUACGAUCACAGCUCCAAGCAUUUCACUCCGGUCACUAUCCAGCAGCGUGUCAACGCUCGUCCUUCUGCACGCUUCACCAACCCUGGCAGGACAUACAGCUACUGCUCUGUCGAGUCUGCCGGUGAGGAAGUCAUUCCUAUUACUCUGGAAGGACAGCCUCCGUUCGCCAUUGAUGUUGAGAUCAAGCACCACGGCUCUGCUCGUCCUGAGAUCUUCUAUGUCAAGGACAUCACCAAGAACACGCAUGAGCUUCGCGUUCCCCAUCAAUCCUUGCACCUGGGCAACUCCGCUGUGUCCAUCCGCAGAGUGACUGAUAGCCGUGGCUGCAGCCGUAUUCUCGACGCCACCUCGCCCAGAGUUCAGAUUGCUGUCCACGACGCUCCUACAAUUCGUUCUCUGGAGAACCAGGAAGACUUCUGCGUUGGUGAUCGCAUCUCAUUCGCACUCUCUGGCCAGGCUCCCUUCCAAGUUUACUACGAGUUCAACGGCGUGGCCCGUAAAGCCAGCUCCGGCUCGACAACUUUCAAGCGUCUGGCAGAGAAGCCUGGUACUUUUGUCAUCACUGGCGUCAGCGACUCUGGCUCUUCAUGUCGCGCCUCCACCAACAUCGAGAAGAAAAUUCACGGCAUGCCCUCAGUGCGCGUGGGCAAGGGCGUCGAAUCUCAAGUCGACAUUCACGAGGGCGGAGAAGCCGAAAUCACUUUUGACUUUGGCGGCACACCACCUUUCGAGUUUACCUGGACGCGCAGUACCAAUGCUCGUCGUGGCCAGAGAUCCGAGGUGCUUGAGAUGAGAAGCGAACUCUCCCAAGACCACCAUAUGGCUAUCCGGGCGAGCGAGGAGGGUACUUAUGAAGUUGUUUCCAUCAAGGAUAGGUAUUGUGCCUAUGCCAAAGAAGGCAUUGAUUUGACGAAGAAGAAGGGCAAGUUGCUCACAUAUUAA